CCGACCCGCCCCUUGCCAACAGAGGCUUGCCCACGCGCGGUCCCCUGGCCUCCCAGUUUUUUCUCUCCGCUAGCAGUUUCCGUCACUCCCGGAAGUAGAUUGCGCCAGGGAAAGGCCUUAUCGCGGUGUGUGUUUCCGUCUACGUGGAUUAAACAUUGCUUCCCUCCGUCUGCCUGGAUUAAACGUGCACUUUGCAGUCCUCACUUCUCCAUACCAGUGCUCUGGGGAUCGCUACGGACCUUAAAAUAUCCAUAGCCCCUUCGCCCCUGCAACAGCCACUUCUCCCCACGUUUGAUGUGUGAAUAAUUAACAUUGACUGAGAAAGAAACCCAGAAGAGGAAAGAAAAGGAGUCAGUGAUGGCUACUCAGGGACCUUUGACAUUCAAGGAUGUAGCCAUAGAAUUCUCUCAGGAGGAGUGGAAAUGCCUGGAACCUGUGCAGAAAGCUUUGUAUAAGGAUGUGAUGUUGGAGAACUACAGGAACCUGGUCUUCCUAGGUAUCUCUCCUAAAUGUGUGAUCAAGGAAUUACCACCAACAGAGAACAGUAAUACAGGAGAAAGGUUCCAAACAGUGGCACUGGAAAGACAUCAAAGCUAUGAUAUUGAAAAUUUAUACUUCAGGGAAAUACAGAAACAUCUAUAUGACCUUGAAUUUCAAUGGAAAGAUGGUGAAACAAAUUAUAAAGAAGUGCCAGUGCCCCAUGAAAACAAUCUUACUGGUAAAAGAGAUCAACAUAGUCAAGGGGAUGUAGAAAACAAUCAUAUUGAAAACCAGCUUACGUCAAGCUUUCAGUCACAUCUGACUGAACUGCAGAAAGUUGAAACUGAAGGGAGAAUGUUUGAAUGUAAUCAAACGGAGAAGACAGGUAAUAACAGUUGCUUAGUUUCUCCACACAUUAGGGAAAAACAUUAUGUAUGUAAUGAGUGUGGCAAAGCCUUUAAAACAUCUUCCAGCCUUGUUAAUCAUCAGAGGAUACAUACUACAGAGAAACCUUACAAAUGCAAAGAGUGUGGCAAAGCCUUUCAUCGGGCCUCCCUACUAACUGUACAUCAGGUAGUCCAUACAAGAGGGAAAUCAUAUCAAUGUGAUGUAUGUGGCAAGAUCUUCAGAAAAAAUUCAUAUUUUGUAAGACAUCAAAGGAGUCACACUGGACAGAAAGCCUACAUGUGUAAUGAAUGUGGUAAGUCCUUUAGUAAAAGUUCCCACCUUGCAGUUCAUCAGAGAAUUCAUACCGGUGAAAAGCCUUACAAAUGUAAUCUGUGUGGGAAAUCCUUUAGUCAACGUGUCCAUCUUAGACUUCAUCAGACAGUUCAUACUGGAGAGAGGCCCUUCAAAUGUAAUGAGUGUGGCAAAACCUUUAAACGGAGCUCAAAUCUCACUGUACAUCAGGUAAUCCAUGCAGGAAAGAAACCAUAUAAAUGUGAUGUAUGUGGCAAGGCAUUCAGACAUAGAUCAAAUCUUGUAUGUCACCGGAGAAUCCACAGUGGAGAGAAACAAUACAAAUGCAACGAAUGUGGCAAGGUCUUCAGUAAACGUUCAAGUCUUGCAGUGCAUCGGCGAAUUCACACUGUAGAGAAACCUUGCAAAUGCAGUGAAUGUGGCAAGGUCUUCAGUAAACGUUCGAGUCUUGCAGUGCAUCAGAGAAUUCAUACUGGACAGAAAACGUACAAAUGCAAUAAAUGUGGCAAGGUCUACAGUAAGCAUUCACGUCUUGCAGUGCAUUGGAGAAUUCAUACCGGAGAGAAAGCUUAUAAAUGCAAUGAAUGUGGCAAAGUUUUCAGCAUACAUUCACGACUUGCAGCGCAUCAGAGAAUUCAUACUGGAGAGAAACCUUACAAAUGCAAUGAAUGUGGCAAGGUCUUCAGUCAACACUCACGUCUUGCAGUGCAUCGGAGAAUUCAUACUGGAGAGAAACCUUACAAAUGCAAAGAAUGUGGCAAGGUCUUCAGUGACCGUUCAGCUUUUGCAAGGCAUCGGAGAAUUCAUACCGGAGAGAAGCCUUACAAAUGCAAAGAAUGUGGCAAGGUCUUCAGUCAGUGUUCACGUCUUACAGUGCAUCGGAGAAUUCAUAGUGGAGAGAAACCUUACAAAUGCAAUGAAUGUGGCAAGGUCUACAGUCAAUAUUCACAUCUUGUAGGGCAUCGAAGAGUUCAUACUGGAGAGAAACCUUACAAAUGUAAUGAAUGUGGCAAAGCCUUUAAUCAGGGCUCCACACUGAAUAGACAUCAGAGAAUUCAUACCGGAGAGAAACCUUACAAAUGUAAUCAGUGUGGGAAUUCCUUUAGUCAGCGUGUCCAUCUUAGACUUCAUCAGACUGUUCAUACUGGAGACAGACCUUACAAAUGUAAUGAGUGUGGCAAAACCUUUAAACGGAGCUCAAACCUCACUGCACAUCAGAUAAUUCAUGCAGGAAAGAAACCAUAUAAAUGUGAUGAAUGUGGCAAGGUAUUCAGGCACAGUUCACAUCUUGUAAGUCACCAGAGAAUCCACACUGGAGAGAAAAGAUACAAAUGUAUUGAAUGUGGCAAGGCCUUUGGGCGGUUGUUUUCCCUCAACAAACACCAAAGAAUUCAUUCUGGCAAAAAACCUUAUAAAUGUAAUGAGUGUGGGAAAUCUUUUAUUUGUCGCUCAGGCCUCACUAAACAUCGAAUAAGACAUACUGGAGAGAACCUUACAACUAAACUCAAUGUGACAAGGCCUUAGACGUUGUCCUAGUUUCUAGAAUCACUGAAUAAUUCAUACUUACUGUUAUAGCUUGUGUAUUUUUCCCUUCUCUUGAAAUCCCUGUGGAAUUAUAAUCUCCAGUAUUGGAGGUGGGGCCCGUUGGGAGGUGAUUGGAUCAUGGAAGUGGAUUUCUCAAAUUGAGAAAGAUUUAGCAUCAUCCCCUUGGUGCUGUCCUGGCAAUAGUAACUUCUCUUGAGGUCUGACUAUUUAAAAGUGCAUAGCAGGCCGGGCGCGGUGGCUCAAGCCUGUAAUCCCAGCACUUUGGGAGGCGGAGACGGGUGGAUCAUGAGGUCAGGAGAUCAAGACCAUCCUGGCUAACACGGUGAAACCCCGUGUCUA